AAAAAAAAAAAAAAAAAACAACGAAACGAUGAUGUCACGUGUGAAAAAGUGGGUGGGUCUUCCUUCUGUAUCCGGAAACAUGGAGGCGGUUGUGAGUGAUGUCGUCGCUCCUGAGGACCUUUCUAAAUUUGAGAAGAAAUACAACAGUGAGCUGGCGAAGGGAGCCGUCUCUAAAGAAACCAAGUUUGAAUUUGCUUGGUGCCUGAUCCGGAGUAAAUUCUCACAUGAGAUCAAGAAGGGCAUUGCACUGUUGGAAGAGCUUGUUCAAAAGGCAUCAAAGGACGACUCGCGGGACUUCCUGUUCUACCUUGCAGUGGCCAACUACAGACUCAAAGACUAUGAGAAAGCCCUGAAAUACAUCCGGACUCUCCUUAAGAACGAGCCGGGGAACAAACAGGCUCAGGAGCUGGAGAAACUCAUCGAAAAAGCGUUAAAAAAAGACGGCUUGGUUGGCAUGGCGAUCGUCGGGGGAAUCGGCCUCGGCAUGGCCGGUAUAGCAGGACUCAUUGGUUUGGCCGUGUCAAAGGGAGCUGCCAAAUCCUAACGUGGACAUGAGAUGAUGUGUUUUUAUUUUGCUGGACUCAUACACUGACUCUUUUCUGCAUAAAAAUAUAAUAAGUUAAGUAAAGAGAACUUGGAAGGAUAUAACAUUAUGGUUUGAUGUGCCAGUGAUUAACCUGUUUCCAGAUUUAACAGGGUUGAAAUUCACAAUUCAUAAAAUAUUAUUUUGCUCCUCACAGGCUGUCGCAUGCCGCUUUUGUAAUACAUGUGUAAAUAAAUUAGAAUAGACAAAGUGCAGUGCAGUCCAUGUCAUUAUGUCAGUUUGCCUCAAAUUCCUAAGUUGACAUUUUAUAUAACUGAAAUCUUUGUAAGAAAUCAGGAGUGGUUCUGUGUCGAUCUUUAUCAUUACUUUUGACUUAACCAAUGGUAAAGGGAAGUGUCGGCCGUGCAGGAGAAAGUGUGGCUUGUUAUGAUGAAAGGAACAGAUUCUUUUGCAGGUGAGCUGAUGGUAUCAUACUACACUACUGUGAGAGAAGUGCUGCUGCGAGACCAGUGCUUUCUUUUCAAUUACACCAAAUACAUCUUAAGGUUAAGGGAAGCCAAGAACUUAUUGGACACUAAUACAUUUUUGUCCUUUAAUAUGCAGCAUUUAAAAAUGUCAAAUAUGUAUCUGUCGUGCACUUAUUAAAUAAACGAAAUGAUUUUGACCUGGGAAAA